GAUCUGACGAUCCGUGAGUUUGUCCAAUUCCUGCAGUAUGCCUUCGGUGAAGACCUCAAGGACGCGUGGCAAGCCUUGGACUUCAAUGGAGAUGGCGAUCUCACAGAAGCAGAGUUUGACAAGGCUCUCAAGAGCAAGGGCUACUUUGGGCCGGUGCGGGUCGUCUUCGCGUUGCUGGACAAAACCGACGACGGGGAGAUCUCUGAACAUGA